CCUAUUUACUUGAGGGAAGGUACGCAUUAAGACACAUCAGGCCUGUCUGUCUCGAGGAGGCGUGACUGCUGGGAAGUUUUCCUGCUUUCCGCUUGAUGUGAUUUUUCACUGGGAAAGUUCACUGUGUCCAAACCCUAAUCUGUCUUUAUGUCUGGCUCUGCUCAGCGGGGGCUCAGGACGUCAAAGAGGAAGCCUACCGGUUCAAAGUAUAGCACUUAAUGUUUGCUAAUUGUCUUGUUUUCUUCCCCUCUCUCUCUCUCUCUCUCUCUCUCUCAUUGCAGGCCGUGUUUGGGGCUCAGUGCUCUAACGCAGCCAUGAGCAUCAUCGGGGCGGAGGAUGAGGAUUUCGAGAAUGAUCUGAAUGAUGUGAUGGAUGACACACACUUCAACAAUAUAGACGUGUUGAAGGAGCAUCCGACCCACCUGCUGGUCUUCGUGCAACAUGUCAUUCUACAGUUUGACCCUGCUCCGCUGCUGUCUUACCUCCAUGCUGACCUCUUCAAGAACCUCAGUGCCAAAGAAACAAAGAAGCAAUUUGUGGAGUUCUACAACACUUUCUUGGACAAGGGUGCAAUUCUCAGAGUGGCGCUACCAGCUAAUGUAGGCUAUGAAUUGGACCGAACCCGUCCAGAUCUGGUCCAUGAGGACACACAGAAGCGUUACGUUCAGGAGGUGCAGAAUCUGCAGGCAGGUGAAGUGGCCAAACAGCUGGAAGAUUUCAGGCAGAAGAGGAUGAUGGGUAUGACGCCCAACGAGGCUGAGCUCGUCGACGUGGAGAGCCACUAUCCCACCGACCGCAUCCCGAUGGAGAUGAAGGAGAAGUCUGUAGCUGAGAACCUGCUGGAAAAGAUGUCUGAGACACAACCCACAAUUGUCUCGGACGAGGAAAAAUGCCAAUCCAUCUUUUCCGCGGUGGCCUUCUACAUGAAGCACCUGGGGGUAAAAACCAGAGCGGUUGACAGCAAGAAGUCCAGAGGAGGUUUCUUCAGGAGACAGCUGGUAAAGAAGAAGGAAGAAUCUACAAAGGGCAAGCCCAGGGGGGUGUUUCCUGGCAUCCCCAGCUGGAUUGCUGGCAACACCGAUGUCAAACCUAAAACGGAGGCUGAAGCGGAAAAGGAGAAAGUGAAUCCAGAGCGUAAGGGUCCAGCUCCCGGCAGAGGCUCUCUGACGGACCCCGCAGCCCCUUCCCUCCCCAGCAGGAAGCCUUGUUCCACCGGAAGCCCCUCCUCCCUGCCUGGGUUAGACAUCAGUGAUUCGUUGGGCAACAACAUCAGCACCACCAGCAUCCCCGACUCUUCACACACUGAUGGUCUCUUAAGCAACCGCUUGGAGCCUCCGACCCAGUCAGACGGGGGUGAUGUGUCCCCUGUGGGGCUGGGAGGAGCACUGACCAUCGGAGAGCCUCUCUCACCCCUGGACACUCCCACAGAAGAAAGUGUGGAGAAAGAAAGUUUCGAUGGAACAGUUUUAACUCCUGAAGGCCCCGGCCACUCCCCCACCAGCCCCUCUCCACAGCAGGAGGAGAUGGACCCUCGCCUCCUGGAGUUUGAGCAGGACCCGCCCAACUGGAGGGAGCUGGCUCCCCCUGAAGCUCUGUCCAGUCUGAGCAAGAAGGAGACCAAGAGGCAGGAGGUCAUCAACGAGUUGUUUGCGACUGAGCACGCCCAUGUGCGGAUGCUGAGUGUCCUCCAGAUGAUCUUUUCCAAGCCUCUGGAGAGAGAGCUGCUCCUGACGACCACCGAGCUCGCCGCCAUCUUCCCCAAUCUGGACGAGAUCAUUGAAAUGCACUAUAACUUCUACGACAACCUGAAGAAACUGCGUUUGGAAGACAACUUCAUCGUCAAAUCUAUCAGCACCACAGUGCUCAACAGAUUUGGGGGUACAGAGGGAGAGUGGUUCCAGAAACUGACGGCCCGGUUCUGCAGUCACCAGUCGUGGGCCUUGGACCAGAUCAAGAGCAGGCAGAAGAAAGAGCCACGCUUCAACUCCUUUAUACAGGAGGCAGAGAGUCGGCCCCAGUGCCGCAGGCUGCAGCUCAAGGACAUCAUUCCUAUAGAGAUGCAGAGACUGACCAAAUACCCCUUACUGCUGGAGAAUAUUGCCAAGAGCACAGAGGACCCGACAGAGAAGGAGAGGAUCCAGCAGAGCGCAGAGUGCUGCAGAAAGAUCCUCAACCAUGUCAAUGAGGAGGUCAAAGUGAUGGAGAACCUAUUGUGUCUGAAGGACUACCAGCGAAGACUGGACACAUCAGGGCUCAAACCCAGUAAUGAGCUUUAUACGGAAUAUAAGAACAUGGACCUGACGCAGAAGAAGAUGCUUUAUGAAGGUCCUGUGACCUGGAGAGUCACAAAGGAGAAGGCAAUUGAGGUGCAGUGCGUGCUGCUCGGGGACCUGCUGGUGCUCCUACAGAGGCAGGACGACAAGAUGGUCCUGAAGUGCCAGAGCAAGAGCAACAUCGCCGUGCAGGAAGGCAAGCAGAUGCUGAGCCCCAUCAUCAAGCUGGACUCAGUCUUCCUGCGUGAGGUGGCCACAGAUCGGAAGGCCUUCUAUGUGAUAUUUACCUGGGAAAGCGGUGCUCAGAUCUAUGAACUGGUGGCUCAGUCUCUUGCAGAGAGAAAAAUCUGGACAGAAGUGAUCAAGACAGCAGUGGAUGAUCUGAAGAAGAGCGGAGCGCCCAUGAGGUUGUCGGUGCCUCCUGGUGGAGGUGGAGGAGCUCCCUUAAGCCCCACCGCACUGGCCCCUUUGAGCCCGACUGAGAACGGCGGUUUGAAAGGCAGCAGUGAUCGAGAUAAGGACAGCUUGACGGAUGACAAGUCUUCAGACCCGAGGCACAGACUGAUUGAUUUCCUGUCAGAACAAGGCUUCGACUUGAUAGGCCACUCCAACAGCGAUCAGGAGAAGGUGGCCAGCAGUGCUCUGGAUGAAGUCAUGUUGCUGAAAAGGCUGCUGGUCGCCAGCAUCAGUCUGUCAGACGACUCGCAGCCUGAUGAAGAGAACGGAGAGGACCAAUCAGAGAGGACCAGUCAGGAAAUGGACAGCUGUCAGUCAACGGAAGAAAGCCAGACCACAGACAGGGGAGCGGAGGAGGAGAUCGAUAACUCUUGUGAAAAAGAAGGCGCAGGGACGAAGGGAGAGGAGGAGAGGAGCAUCAGCGCGCCUCUGGUGCUGUCCCAGGAGAGGAUGGGGGAAGUGUGCAGGAGGCUGCACAGUCUGGAGGAACAGCUAAAGAGACUACAGACUGUAGAAGACGAGCACCACAGGCUGCAGGAGGCCCUCUCCAAGUUCUCACUGGAGGGGGGUAACUUCCAGUGAGACGCCAUCACGCCACCUGCUGGCCACUAGAUUUUUACUGGUGCUGGUUUGGAGUGCAAGAGUGACUUUCAGAGGCUUCCUGGAAAUUCCUAAACCCUCAUAAAAGUCAUGUCUGGACCCUUUGCUGCAUUAGGGGGCUUUAUGCACGGUGCAGUGGUUCAGUGACGGAACAUGGGAGGGUUGUGUGCAUGUGUCUGUGUCUGUUUGCGUGCAUGCUUGGUAGAGAGGUAUACAAAGAAAAAAAAACCCAUCCUACUUUUGAGUGGGACGUUGUUUUUUGCAGAGAGGUGCCAAAAAAACGAAGCAAUAUUUUGCUGUGCGAGAGAUGCUGCCUAACAAAAUGUAGUGAUUGCGAUCUGCUGUAACACACAUACGCACACCAGAGAAACAUGCACGCUAGAAAAUAAUUUACAUUAUUGCCAAUAGCAGAUGUGCAGUAAAGAAGAAAUCUUAUAUUAGCCCGCCAGGUUCACUUUAACCAGGUGGAAGCCUGAAGGGGCCAGUGUAGCGUUUGGAGCUGUUUUGAAAUACUACUGCUGAUAUAUAGUGUUAUUUCUACUCUAUGCCAAAGUACCACAGAGAUGCACUUUUUUUCUGAUCAAACCAAGUUGAUCCCACACUGUUUUUGCAAAAUUUAUUUACACUCUAUUCAGUAGUUUUUGAACAGUUGGGCUUCAUGUAGGCAGCCCUUGUUAUUGAAAAGACUGCAUGCUAGAAAGUGUGUGUAUGUGUGUUACAAAGUUUUUAAUUAAGGAUGUGCUUAUUUCGAGGGUUAUAACUGUUAUUAGGUCACAUAGAAACAUUUAUAAAUAGUGGCACUAUAGGUAAUCAUGCUGUUAAUAAUGGAGACUUUGGUUGUAUUUACCGCUUUUAUUUAUUCCUCUGAGUUCUGUUGGGUCAGUGAGUUGCUUCACCUGAGUGAAACUGUUACAGCACUGGGCCAACGGGAAGGAAAAAAAAUGGAGCAAUGUGUUAGAGAAAAGACAAAAUAUAAGAAGGUGAACGUAGAAUGUGUAGCAAAGGGUAAAGAAGAGAGAUUUAGAGAUGCGGAGUGAGUUUGCUUUGGUUUAUUUGAAGCCAGCUUGAACCGGACGGUUGUGAGAAGAUGUGUAGAAGAUUAGAGUAGUAGGACUGUAUGGAAGAAACACACACACACACACACACUUACCUACAAACACUGAGAGCCCAGUGCUACUGAAGUAUUCAUUUAGUGCCAGUAUCAUUUCUGCAGUGUCAUCUUCCCCUUAGAUUCUCAGCUCCUGAUCCAAAACACGGACUCCAGACGGGGUUAUAAAUUGUACUAUAUGGCGUUAGAUUCACAUGUUAUUAGCAAAAGAUUCUAUUCCUCCCUUUGUAUCAGAACUGAGCUCUGUCUUUGUAUUUUAUUCAGCAGUUGAUUGUAAUUAUAAUUAUGAUGAUAUAAUUUCUAAGUAGUGGCAUAACUGUGGCCCAUGCACACAGGACCAAAGACGUAACAAAGCACCGAUAGAUCCUCAUACGAGCUGUAAUUCUCUUAAUGACAUGCUCCAUCUGUGUAGCAGCAUGUCACUUAUAAUGCUGAUGCAGGAGUGAUCGCUGAGGCGUGCAACCUGCAGCUCUUUUUCUUCUCCCCAAAACUCUAACACGUGGCAACUUAAGUGAAGUACAUAGAAUAAUGGUGCAUUAGUUGUCUGAUUUUUUUCGAUUCUGUAAUAAAUGUACAAGUACAUGCAGAGAUGAAGAAUGUUGGGCUGCCCUGGCUUUAUGACCAAACCCAAGCAGAAUCUAAAGAUCUGGGAUCUCUUGCAUAUAUUUCAGUGACUUUGUACCAGUGUGACUUGGAUACAGGACUGUUAUUGAACACAUGGGACCAGUUCCAGCAGCAGAGAAAAACAAAAACGACAGGGCAAACAAACAGUGAAGCCAGAUGAGGAUACAAAGGAAACGUUGAAGGUUUGGAGGAAGGAAAACUGAAGUCCAACAUCGCUCUCUGCAGCACUGUGAUCGUGACCACUUCCUGAUAUGCUUUCCCACUGUUGUUGCCACGAAAACAAACGCCCGCUUCGACCCAAUUAAGCCUCAGUGUGAACUUAUGCAAGUGUGCCAUUAGUCACUCAAGUGUCACAAGAUGCUCAAUAAUACAAGUUUUUGUCUGAACAUGAUUGCCAUCUCUCCCGUGUCUUCCUCUUAGAAACUGUAAAUAGAUGUGAAGGAAAACAGUUGUAGAGAAAACAUAAAUUAGCCCCUUUCUUCUUGUUUGUUAAGCUUUUUUAGCUACAUUCACCUCUUGAUAACUCACUUGUGAAAGCAUGAUCACCUUUUCCUACCGCACACUUUUACCAUAUGUUGUUGUGUAUUUCAUUUGAUUUACUUAAAAACGGGUCGGGGAGGUUUUGUUACUGUUUUUGUUUUUUUUGUCUUUCAAACAAACUUUUGUAAUUAUGUACUAUGCAUUUGGCCGUAACGGCGAGAGAGACGGGACUUGUCUGUAGCUCGUCUUCGCAUGAAUGAACUGAACAAUUAUGCAAAAUUUUGUAAAACCACAGCACAUAUUUUUGGGUGUGCACAUUAAAGCGUAAACGCUCUCUGAACUGUGGCGACCCGGCUUUCAGAUGGGAUACAUUUAAACGGAUCAUCUCAAACGGGGUUGUUUAACUGUCAGACUGCUACAGGCACUUCUCGCUCUCCCUCCUCCAGGUGCUUUUCCUCAUGCAUUCUAUUUACAAAUACCUAGAUGUAUAGAAAAUGUAUUUAUAGAGUGGUGCCUUGUUGCGACGAUCAAGUGGUUUUCUUCAUAAAGGGCUCUUAAGUCUGCAAACACAAUCACUGUUGUUUUGUUUGUGCUCUCUGUCUUGAAGGCCAAUAAUUGAAGUCUGAGAGUGAGAGACCAAGACAAAAUGACUAAUAGCGAUCAGAGAGAGAUCAUCCCACCUCCAUUACUGCGAUAGGUUUUGAGCCCUCCACCAACUCAGCCGGCCAGUGGCCUGUAUAGAAAGACACUGCUCCUUGUCAUACAGGCAUCUGCCAUCCUUUCUAUCUAUAAACAAUGAAUAUGCAAGAACUAUACUGUGUAUUUGGGUUUUGAUUUUUUUUAUCGUGUAAGAGGCUCUUUAAUGAUGUAUACUUAAGGAAAAUUGUGGUACGUUCUGUUUUUUAAUUCUUCAUUUUUUAAAUAAAUUGGGGAA